AUGGCAGAUGGAUGGUUUGAUGAUUGGGUUUAUCAAAUUGUUUUAGAGAAGAAAGACGCACCUAAUGAAUUAGUCGAAGUUUUGAAUCAAAAACCUCGAAUUUUGCCUGCUUGGGAUCCAAUGGAUAAUCCUGUCAUAGAGGAAGAUAAUCCUGUCAUAGAGGAAGACAGUAACCACCACCCUGAUGACCAUCUUGAUGACUAUGAAUCAUGUUAA